AUGGCCGACCAAUCGCGGCGCAAAAAGAAAACGAAAAAGAAGGGGACCACGGAGAUGAUGGCCGACCUGAUGGCCCCAUUAAUGUCACGGAAGGCACCGAAAAAGAAGAAGGAAAGGACACAGCUCGAUUCGACUGAUGAGAUCAAGAUCGAGAAGUCCAUUCGGAAGAAGAAGAAGAAGUCGCCAAGUGUCGAUAAGACGCGGACACGACAAGAAGAAGACGCUCCCGACGUGCUGCCCGCUGAAUGGAGGAAAGCCAGCCUGGACGCGGGCGUGGAGCGCGAGAUCGACUCGUUCGUCAACCACUACGUCCAGAUGGGUGUCCAGGGCCUGCGCGGCGAGUUCAUCAGCUGCAAGCCCUACGUGCCGUCCUGCUUCGAGUAUCCGACCUUUACCGCGUCGCGGGAGAAGAAUAGAUACGAAGACGUGGUGUGCCUGGAGUCGACGCGCGUCCACCUCACCCUACAGUCACCACCCGAAUGCGAGUACAUCCACGCGAACACGGUGAAACUGGAUGGGCAAGACAAAACGUUUAUUGCAUGCCAGGGCCCUCUCGAGCAGACGAUCGGCGACCACUGGCGUAUGGUACAUCAGGAGGGCGUCACCGUCAUCGCCGCCCUCUGCCAGUUCAUCGAGGCGGGGAAGCACAAGUGCGCGCAGUAUUGGCCGAUGAAGAUCAACGAGUUCACGACGUACGGCCGGAUGGCCGUCAGCACCAAGAAGGUUGUCCAGGACAAGCUCGGCUUCGACGUGUACACCGUGGAGGCGUUGCCGGAUGGGUGCUCCAACUCGCAGAUUGUCAAGCUGAUCCACAUGACGACGUGGCCGGACCGUGGUGUUCCCGAUCGGCCAGCCGUCCUCCUCGGCCUCCUCAAACUCAUCCACUUUAAUGCCCAAGGCACAAUCGUGGUGCACUGCUCGGCGGGGAUCGGCCGAACGGGGACGGUCAUCGCCGUCGACUGCAUCGUGUCGAGGCUGUUGAAGGGACAAGCAGCAAGGCUGCUCGACGUGUUCAAAGAGUUGCGGAACGCGCGUGCCUCCUCCAUCCAGACCGAGUCGCAGUACAUCUUCAUCAUCCAGGUCGUCUUCGAGUUCAUCCUGCAGCGCACUGGCGACAAGUACGCGGAGUUCAUCAAAAACUUCAACCGGGACGCCAGCAGGAUU